AUGGCUCUCUCUAUCAGAAGAUUUUCUAGAUUGCUUCUGUUGCCUUUUAACAAAAAGAUCAUCAGGAAACUGAUUCUUUAUCUUAUUGUCAUUCAAUCGUUCAUUUAUUUGAUACGUUAUUUGCAUUAUAAAAACACAAAGGACAAUAUCUUACCUCAGACCUAUUCCGAUAUUUUGUCCAAUGUGGCUAAUAAGGUCGAUGAACUCUCGCCUCAGAUUAAUUUGCAAGAGUUGUCUUCCACUUUCCAACAACAAUAUAAUCUUUUAAACUCAAAUACAAAUUCGUUAGACGAAUCCUCGAGUAUUCCUGGUUUAGAUCCUGCUAUAUUCCAAGAGGCCAAGAAGAUUUACUCGAAAUUCAAAUAUUCUACUGAUCCAAAUUGGAUUGAUUCGUAUCAUUUACAAAAGGAUUUGUUAACUGUAUCUCUAGGCCCCCAUAAAGGUGAAAAACUUAACUCGAUCGAUGAUUUGUAUUUCUACGAUUCCGAUCCAAGAUUAUCUUGGUCUGUCUAUUUAGAUCAUUUAACAUCAUUACCAGAAUCUUCCUUCAUGGAAUCCUCCUCUCAGUUCGAUAUCAUCUUACCGUUUUCAUGGUAUGAUUGGGCUGAUUUCCAUGAAUUGAACAAAUUGAUUUCUUUACAAAAUACUUCGUUAGUAUGUCCUUUCCUUUUCGAAAAUGCCUUUGAAAUGGAAAAGUUACAAGAAUUAGAAUUAGAAUUGAACGAACCUUUGUUCCUGGCUGACCGUAAUAAAUAUAAUGAAGAAUUAUGGUACAAAUCAAAUAGAAAGCAUUCCGAAGCUCAUGUUUUUGGUGCUAUGGAUAAUCAUUGCAAAGUUUAUAAUGAAACAGAUCAACCUAAGUUCCAAACAAAUCUAAAAAUCUUUCAAUUAUAUGAUAAAGUCAGACCAGAAGUUUACCAGUUACAGGCAAGAAAUUAUAUCUUAUCUCAUCAACCACAUCCAAUCUCUGUCACUAUCUUAAAUUCUGAUAUGAAAGCUUAUAGAAUCGAUUUACAACAAUCAAGAACUAACAAUAUGGUUCAAUCUAAUAUGUUACGUGAUUAUGUUCAAAGAAGAUUACCUAGUGAACAGGAUUCUCUUGAAUGGGAUUCCUCUUAUACUGAAAUCAAUUCCAAAAAUUUACAAGAUUAUGAUAUCAUCUUCAAUCAUACUGAUGCAUUUGAAAAAUUCAUCAACUCAACAAUCGCAGAUAAAUUACAUCUAAGAAUGCCAGAAGGUGUAUACGACGCUUACGAUCAAGAUUUCUUAGAGUUGAAACCUGAAUAUUUCUUCUUCGAUGCUCCAAAAGUUUUAGAAGAAUUAUCUCAAAAUAAAGAUAAUUUGAAUCCACAUGAUUAUUCCUACAUGUUAUCAUUAGAAAGAUCAGUCAAUACCCCAGAUCCUUGGGCCCCUAAGUUCUUCUUAGAGGCCUCCAAUGUUAAAUCCUUCCAUGGGUUAGGUUGGCAUCGUGAUAAGAGAUUUUUCAAUGGUGCUUUGAUUGAAGACCCUCAAGAAUAUACAAUCCGUCUAAAUGCAAUGAUUAGAACUUGGCAAAAAUUCACAAAGGCUGCAGGUAUUAUUUCAUGGCCUGCUCAUGGUACUGCAUAUGGUUAUCUAUAUAACGGAUUAAGUUUCCCAUGGGAUAAUGAUUUCGAUUUACAAUUACCUUUGGCUCAUUUACAUCAUUUGGCAAGAUAUUUCAAUCAAUCAUUAAUCUUGGAAGAUCCAAGAGAAGGUAAUGGUAGAUAUAUCGUUGAUAUUUCAAGUUCUUUAACCACAAGAAUUAACGGUAACGGUAGAAAUAAUAUCGAUGGUAGAUUCAUCGAUAUUGACUCGGGUUUAUAUAUCGAUUUAACAGGUUUAACAGCAUCUUCUGCCCCAUUGAAUAAAAAAUUUAAAAAAUAUUACGAUAAAAAUAUUAAAGGUUUAGAUAUUAAAGAACUAACAAAAGAAUUUAUUGAACCAAAACCUAAAUCAGGUGUUGCAUCAAUGAAUUUAACAGAAUUGAUGAAAUAUGUAGAUGAUCAUCCAAAUGAUUAUGAUCGUGGCGAAAAAAAAGCUGUCAAAGAUAUGAUUAAAAAGGAAGAUGAAAUUAAACAAAAGGAUUCUCCUGAAAAAAAUUUAAACGUUUUUGAAAGAUAUGCUGUUAAUGCGAAAUUAAACCUUUAUAAUUGUCGUAAUAAUCAUUUCGUCACUUUUGAUUCAAUUAAUCCUUUGAAAACUUCCAAAUUCCAUGGUGUUACUACGCUUUUACCUGUUAAGUAUAUUAAAUUGUUGAAAAAUGAAUAUGGUGUUCCUUCUAGAUAUGGUUAUUUGACUUUUAAAAACAUGGUAUAUUCUCCUGAAUUUAGAAGUUGGUUAUUAUUUGAUAUCUUAAGAAAAUGUGCUAAUUUAAAUGAAUGGUAUCCAAACUUAGAGAAAUCAGAAUCUCCGUUAGACUCUUUAAACACAACAGAUGUUAAACUUUUGUAUAAAAAUAUGUUAAAGAUUAAUCAUGAAGAUCUUUUUGCAACACUUUUCACUGCAUUUAAUGCUACUGCAUUCAGAGUUAAAGAAAUCGAAAUCGAAUAUGAUAAUACCACUGAUAUUGAUACUAAAUUAGAUUUAUUACAUAAAUUAAGAACAGAAAUAGGUCCAAGAUUGAAUUCUCCAGGUAAAGAUCCUUACAUGUACACUUAUGAAAGAAGAGUAUGGAGAGAUUUCGUCUCUGAUUUAUCGAAUGAUACUGUUUCCAAGAUUAAAGAAAUUGUUUCACAAGAAAAAUUAGCCAUGAUUUAUAAUAUGACAGAAAGUUUAGAAAAUCAAACUUCUGAAUUUUUCAGAGUUAGAGAUUAUUAUACCGAUGAGCUUAUUUUAGAUUUGAAUUCUGCUGGUUUGAAUUUAUACCAUAAUAUUAGAGGUAAAGAAUCUGAAUUAUUCAAAGCUGAUCCAAUAUUACAUGAACAACAGCUUAGAGAAUUAGAAGAAGAAGAAGCAGAUAAAAAGAAAGAAGAAGAAGAAAAGAAAAAGAAAGAAGAGGAAGAUAAGAAAAAGAAGGAAGAAGAAGAUAAGAAAAAGAAAGAAGAAGAAGAAAAGAAAAAGAAGGAAGAAGAAGAAAAGAAGAAGAAGGAAGAAGAACAAAAACAACAACAAAAUACUGACACUGAAACCAAAAACAAUGAUGAACAAAAUAAAUCUGACAAUAAUAAUGACUCUCAAACUUCGACUGAAGAGGAGAAAAAUUAA